UAUAAUACUCAGACCGACUUGGAAAUUUGAUUUUGGUCACUCUGGAGAUCUAUACGCACCACUGCCGCCGCUGGUGUCACUGACCCUGCCCCCCUACCAACCGCAACCAUGGCAGACGGUAGACACCACCACCACCAGGCGACGAAUCCUGAGAAUUUCGAUGCUGGCGAACUCACCAACGCUUUCGAACAAUUGAUGCGCAACAAGCGGUUCAACCAACUCCAAGAACAAGCCCGAUCGCAAUCUCGCACGCAGUCACCCUCUCCCAGCCUUUACCCUCCUCCCCAUCCCUCGCGAGCACCGCCGCCGCCGCCCCCGACCGCGUCUCAGUAUCCGUCACACCAAAUGCCUCCGCAAACAUCGUCACAGUCGCCCCUACUUCGCAGCCUGCCAAUCGUCCCUGCACCUCCUCAAGACCCGGUCUCCCUCAAAUUCCGCAACCUCCUCCACGUGCUCUCUGUCACACCAACGAAGUACGAAAACCCUGGUCUCCUCGAUGAGGCGCUUGCCCAUAUUCCCCUCGAUCGAUUAUAUUCGGAAGCAGAGGAGGAAAGCCAAAUAUUGCAAGCCCAGGCAGCUAGUGUUGGAGAACGACCAGAAUGGGGCUAUCAGGACUGCGUCAUUCGGGCGCUGUUAAGAUGGUUCAAACGAUCCUUCUUCCAAUUCGUCAAUAACCCCCCAUGCACUCGGUGCUCAAUGCCUACGAUCGCACAAGGCAUGACUCCUCCAACACCCGAUGAAACCGCGCGAGGUGGCACUCGAGUCGAACUGUACCGAUGCUCUGAACCCAGCUGCGGUGCUUACGAGCGGUUCCCCCGAUACUCCGACGUAUGGCAGUUGCUGCAGACUAGACGGGGACGUGCAGGCGAGUGGGCCAACUGCUUCAGCAUGUUCUGCAGAGCCCUCGGCGGUCGUGUGCGUUGGGUGUGGAACGCCGAGGAUCAUGUCUGGACUGAGGUCUAUUCUGAUCACCAAAAACGUUGGAUCCACGUCGACGCCUGCGAAGAGGCAUGGGACCAGCCCCGCCUCUACACUGAAGGCUGGGGCCGAAAGAUCUCAUACUGCGUUGCGUUCUCGAUUGAUGGGGCCACGGAUGUCACCAGACGAUAUGUUCGAAGUCCGACGAGGCACGGGACUCCACGGAACCGUGUGUCAGAGGAGGUUCUCGUUUGGGUUAUUCACGAAAUUCGAAAGAAGCGCCGUGAGAAUUUGUCUAAGACGGACCAGCGACGCUUGAUGAAGGAGGACGAGCGCGAAGAGAAGGAGCUCCGUGCCUACACCGCAUCCGCCCUUGCAGCCGAGCUGAACAACCUCUUCCCUCGGAACACAACCAGCGGCCGCCUAGACGAUCAGAAAACUCCCGCUUCCUUACAGGAUGCCUCGGUUGAGUGGCUGAACAACAGACAAAGGACAUCGGGCCAGUCUGGCCCAGAUGGUUCACAGGACGGUCGCUAAACAUGCGUUUCGUGCACCUUCCCACCCCACCCCAUCAUCUUGCAUAUAUGAAGAUCCAGUGCCUUGCGAUCGGCAUAUACAGCAUACCGACCGAUCGCCUUGCGGCUUCGAUACAAGAUACCCCCAACGCGACCGUAUAAUAUCGUUGGACCCUCGAUGCAUCAAUUUGUCACCGCGCAACGUGCACGAUCAAGUUCAACUUAUUAUAGGAAUCCAACUGACACACUGCAUGGUUCGGCACAUCCCAUGUGGUCCUCACAGUGGUCACGUUGUCCGACGUCCGGGAUCGAUCACGGUCCAGAAUCGGGUCGUUUUCCCAGUUCUUAAUCCGAACUG